UAUCCAUCGAGCCAUUUUCCCGGCAAAGUUUCACUCCAUAGCCGGCGAAACUCCGCCCGAAAUCUCGCCGGAGAAAUCGGAAGCAACCAUGAAGAGCGACUUCCUCUCUUCCACUUCUCACCUCCGUCCUACGAUCUAUCUUCCCAAAAUACCUUCGAGAAAGCCCAAAAUAUCUAUAAGGUCCUCGUCUUCUCCGGCAGUUCGACCCGACCCGUGGUCUCUCAGCGACGGGAACCCGCAGAGACCUAAGCCCAGAUGGGAGAGACCGAAGCAUCCUCUGUCGGACGACGACGCGCGUCGAAUCAUAAAGAAGAAGGCUGAGUACCUUAGCGUGUUGCGGAGGAACCAGGGCUCACGCGCCAUGACGCCCAAAUGGAUAAAGCGGACCCCGGAGCAGAUGGUUCAGUACUUGGAGGAUGAUCGGAACGGGCAGAUGUACGGGAAGCAUGUCGUGGCGGCGACAAAGGCGGUGAGAGGGAUGGCAGGGAAGAGACAGGGAAGUGGUGAUAUUAGGGUUGUGAUGAGUAGUUUUGUCGGGAAGCUGAGUUUCAGGGAAAUGUGCGUUGUGUUGAAGGAGCAGAAGGGUUGGAGACAAGUUCGAGACUUCUUUGCCUGGAUGAAAUUGCAGUUAAGCUACCGUCCGAGUGUGGUUGUCUACACGAUUGUUCUCCGUCUGUAUGGGCAAGUUGGAAAGAUAAAACUGGCUGAGGAGGCCUUCUUGGAAAUGCUCGAAGUGGGAUGCGAACCCGAUGCAGUGGCAUGUGGUACUAUGCUGUGCACAUAUGCCAGAUGGGGACGCCAUAAGGCUAUGAUGACGUUCUACAAAGCUGUUCAAGAAAGAGGGAUGCUUCUCUCGACUUCUGUUUACAAUUUCAUGCUUUCGUCUCUGCAGAAAAAGUCGCUCCAUGAGAAAGUGAUAGACAUGUGGCUAGGAAUGGCCAAUAAUGGUGUCCCACCCACCGAAUUUACAUAUACAUUAGUCGUUAGCUCGUAUGCCAAAAAGGGUUUUCUUGAGGAGGCGUUUAAGGCUUUCAGUGAGAUGAGAAACAUGGGAUUCGUCCCAGAGGAAGUAACUUACAGUCUGCUUAUUGGCUUAUGUGUCAAAGAUGGUAACUGGGAUCAGGCCAUUGGAUUGUACGAGGAGAUGAGAUCUCGAGAAAUAGUUCCAAGCAACUAUACUUGUGCUUCUAUGUUGACGUUGUAUUACAAAACUGAGGAUUAUCCGAAAGCUCUUUCUCUCUUUAAGGAUAUGGAAAGACAUAGAACUCCUGCUGAUGAGGUAAUACGUGGACUGCUUAUCAGAAUAUACGGUAAGCUCGGACUUCUGGAUGAUGCGGAGAAUGUCUUUCAAGAGACCAAACGCCUGAAGCUUCUUAACGAUGAGAAAACAUAUUUAGCAAUGGCCCAAGUCUACUUGAAUUCAGGAAAUGUUGCCAAAGCAUUAGACAUAAUCGAAAUGAUGAAUUCUAGAGGUUUUUCCCUUUCAAGAUUUGCCUAUAUUGUCAUGUUGCAGUGCUAUGUCAAGAGACGGGAGGUAGACUCUGCUGAGGAAGCAUUUCGAGCACUAUCAAAAACUGGACUUCCGGAUGCUGGUUCUUGUACCGACAUGCUUAAUUUGUAUAUUAGACUCAAUUUAUUGCAAGAAGCAAAGAAAUUUGUCACGCAGAUAAUGACAGAUCAAGUGCAUUUUGAUAUAGAGCUCUACAAGAUGGUGAUGAGACUGUAUUGCGAGGAGGGAAUGGUUGCAGAAGCUCAAGAGUUGGUAGAGAAAAUGGGUACAGAUGAUGUGCUUAAGAACAAUAAAUUUGUUCGAACGCUUACAAAGGCUAUGCAUUGCAAAAGCAUUGUGCUUGAGAAAUAUGAAGUUGCAAACCUAAAUCAACUUGACCCCACGGCCCUUGGGAUGCUGCUUGAUUUGCGUUUGACUGAGGGCAAUUCCAAUGAGACUGAGGAAAUCUUAAGCUUAUUAUUCAAGACAAAAUUUGGUUCAUCAGCAGUAAAUCGAGUCAUUAGCAGAUUUAUCAGAGAUGGUGAUGUAUCUAAAGCAGAAAAUCUUGCUGAUUUGAUUAUCAAACUAGGACUCAGGCUAGAGGAGGAAACCAUAUCUGCACUGAUUGUUGUAUAUGGGAGGCAAAAGAAGCUAAAAGAGGCGAAACGGAUUUUUCAUGCAGCAGGGGAAUCGUUAAUGUUGAGUAAAUUGAUUAUCGGCUCAAUGAUUGACGCUUAUGUCAGAUGUGAUUGGCUGGAGGAUGCAUAUGGACUUUUUAUGGAAUCAGCCAAAAAGGGCCAUGACAUCCCAGGUGCAGUAACAAUCAGCAUUCUGGUGAACGCCCUCACAAAUCGAGGGAGACACCGAGAAGCAGAAGAUAUUGCACGCAAGUGCCUUGAGACAAAAGUGGAGCUUGACACUGUUGGGUAUAAUACCUUUAUCAAGGCAAUGCUAGAAGCAGGGAAAAUGCAGUUUGCAACUGAAAUUUAUGAGCAAAUGUGUAAUUCAGGCAUCGCUUGUUCAAUUCAGACCUACAGCACGAUGAUCAGUGUUUAUGGGCGGGGCCAGCAACUGGACAAGGCAGUAGAAGUUUUCAGCAAAGCUUGCAACUCGGGCGUAUCUCUUGACGAGAAGAUCUACAUGAAUAUGAUUACCCAUUAUGGAAAGGCUGGGAAAAUCAGUGAAGCAUUAGCUUUGUUCGCUGAAAUGCAGGAGAAAGGGAUUAAACCUGGAAUGCAUAGUUACAACAUGAUGGCCAAAAUAUGUGCCACCAGAGGACUCCAUCAUGAGGUUGAUGAACUUUUGCAAGCAAUGGAGAGAGAUGACCGUUCUCCCGACUCUUUGACAUACCUUUCCCUUAGCCAAGCAUACAUCGAUAGUUCACAGUACACAGAAGCAGAGAAGGUGUUGGCUCUCAUGCAAGAGAAAGGCAUCCAGCCAUCUCAGAGCCAUUUCAGUUCAUUGCUGGCUGCUUUUGCAAAAGCGGGACUGAUGUCUGAAGCCGAAAGAAUCUAUAGCCAGAUGAUGGAGGCGGGUAUAAGCCCGGAUGGUGCCUGUGCCGGUACUAUGCUCAGAGGUUACAUAAACUCUGGAAAAGCCGAGAAGGGAAUAUUGUUCUAUGAGAAAAGCAUGAGAAGUUCUUUGAAAGAUGGCAGGUCCUUUACAAGAGCAGCUCAAGAUCUGUACAAAGCUGCUGUAGGGAAGGGACAUAACGUUGGAGCUUAACUUUGAACAUUCAAAACAUCCAUGCUCUAAGCAUAGGAGUCUGGUCUGUUGGUGAAUGACGACAAGGCCUGCCUGAUUAUCGGCAGUCAUCAAUAUUUUUUCGAUGCUCAAAUUAGAUUCAGAGCUUCGGACAAAGACGGAGUUGACAAAUGGAGUCGGACCAGUCCCAAAGAAACAGAACAUGCCAUCACGAAAUCCAAGUUGUGCAUUGAAAUGAAGACGGAGGGGAAAACAAGGCCAAUCAGAAACCUGGCGGCAAAAAGAUUUCAACAUCUAACAGAUCCAUGAAUAGUUAACCAAAUACCAUAUCAACAAAUAAUCAAGCAGAAUUAAGAUCUGAGGUUCAGUGAAGCUGAUUCGAAAAUCAAAUUCUAGAUUUUUUUCCAUGUGCCCAAAAGCCGAACAAUCAGAAG